AUGGCACACAAAGAGAUCUUAUCGGCCGCAGCCAUAAACGCAGUUGUCAGCGAUACGGAGUCAUUGGGAAAUUAUGAAUUUGAAGCGGUAGCCGACCGGUUUGCGCAGACAAAUGACUCUCGAAAGAUAGCCGCGAACGUCCGCGCCCGAGGCCCGACUUCAUUAGAGCAAGUCGUGCCUAAACCGCCCUCCGUUGGCUGUUUAGACAUUAAUCAUAAUACCCAUAGACGCGAGCCGCUCAAG